AAGUGAGGGAGAGAGAGGGAGUUGCCUUACCUGCAACAUAAAGCUUAUUCUAUAGAGCAGUAACACUUGGCCAUUUAAACAGAAAGGCAGUCACUGAAUCAAACAUUAUGGGCACCGAAGGGACAAAUAUUGAGACCCUGCUGUCUUUGGACCAGUUUCAUGUCUCUGAAGAUUAUGGGUUUAUUCUUCCCAAGCCUCUGACAGACCUGCCAGAGUACUUCAAGCCCUGGAUGGACAUUGCCAAAAAUGUCAGUGAACUCAUCUCAUCCCAUUCCUUGCGCCUCAGAGUUCAUGAUAUGCCUCUAUUGGAGACUGAACUUUUACAGAGUCACCGUGAGCUUCGUUUGGCCCAUCUCAUUUUGAGUACAUUGACUAUGGGCUAUGUAUGGCAGGAGGGGGAAAAAGAAACAGUUAAAGUCCUUCCACGAAAUUUGGCUGUACCAUUCUGGAAAGUGUCUCAGAGACUGGGUCUACCUCCAAUCCUCAUCCAUGCCGAUUCAGUUCUUGCCAACUGGAAGAAAACAAACCCAGAUGGACCUUUUGCUAUGGACAACUUGGAGUUGUUAUUGACAUUGCCAGGAGGCGAGAGCGUGCGAGGUUUCUUUCUGGUUACACUUCUGGUGGAGUUGGCAGCUGUCCCUGGCCUGAAGGCAAUUCCUGAAGUCCUCACCGGUGUCCAUUAUAAUGAUGUUGCUAUGGUCACCAAAGCUCUGAAUGUUAUAGGCCAGGCCAUCGACAGCAUGAAGCAGACCCUUAAACUAAUGCACGAUUAUGUGGACCCCUCCGUAUUCUAUGGUAUCUUGAGGAUCUAUUUGUCUGGAUGGAAAGAUAACGCAUCAAUGGCAGAAGGUCUUGUGUAUGAGGGGGUUCAGGAGAAGCCAAUGGAGUUUUCGGGGGGAAGCGCCGCCCAGAGCAGCACCUUGCACUGCUUUGAUGGGCUACUGGGAGUCAAGCAUGAUGGUGAUAGUGGUGCCUUCCUGAUGAGAAUGAGGGACUACAUGCCCCCCUCCCAUAAGCGUUUCAUUGAGAGCAUCUCUAGUCAUCUAUCCUUGCGCAACUUUGUGCUUCAGCAAGCAGAUGAACACCUAACACACACGUUUGAGCAGUGUAUAGCUCGACUGGUGGACUUACGUAACUAUCACAUCAAUAUUGUCACGCGUUUCGUCACUAUACCGGCCUCUCGUGCCAGACAGCUCCGGGCUAAUGGACGUGAUUCGGUCCAAGAGCUCGACGUGAUCAGUGAAGCCCCUACAGCCCUGGAGGAAAGAGGGACCGGAGGUUCCGGGAUUAUGAGCUUUCUGAAGAGGGUAAGAGAUAAAACCAAAAACACUUCCAUCUCUCAGUAAACUGGUGUGAAACCAGACCCAUCGAUGACAGCGAUACAGCAGGCGACAUCUGAGCUCAAAAUGUAAUGAACACAAGAGGAAGUUCAGAUCGAGAUUUGUUUCCUACUUGUCAUAUUUUAGAGAAUUAAAAACUUAAACUUGUCCAACAGGUUGUUAGUAUUUUUGAAUUCGUGUAGUAACCAUGCUCUGUCUUUCAAUGUGUAACAAUGAUGGCUUUAGUGUAAUACAACAACAACAACUACUCAUCAAAGCGCGCGUGAUCAGCGGAGGCACGCGGUGCGGAGCGAAACACAAGUAUAAACAAAGCUUAAAGCUCCCGUUCUUUCUGUGUUUUUGAAGCUUUGAUUGUGUUUACAGUGCGCAAUAUAACAUGUGUUAUAACAAACGCAUUAUUUUUCACACAAUUUACUUAUCUGUAUAGCAAUAUUUGUUCUUCAGUGAUGUUGCGUCCUUGUGUUCUCGCUCUACGCAUCAUUAACCGUUGAAGUUCAAUCCGAUUCUUAAAGUAAAGAGGACGCAUGAAAAUUUGCGCUGAAAUCGCACACAUCUCAAUUAGGGCUGGGCAAAAAAAUCGAUAUUUCGAUUAAUCGUUUUUUAAAAUGUGGUCGAUUCAGAAUCGAUUCUUAAAGAGCAGAAUCGAUUUUUUUCUUUCAUAUUUAUUUCUGCAAACAUUAAACGA